AUGAGCGCGACUGUGGUCAUGGCGCCUGACCGUCCGGCGCCGCACUCGGUUUCUCUUCCCAGCGUCUUUCUCGCCGGAACCACCAGUGACACGGGCGAAGCGGACUGGAGACAAACCCUCACAGACGCCUUAUCUGGGAUUUCCAUCACGAUAUUCAACCCUUAUCGCCCUGACUGGGAUGCCACCUGGAGAGAGGACGUCUCCGACGACCGCUGGGUGGAGCAGGUGCAUUGGGAGCUCGAGAUGCAAGACAAGGCGGACAUCGUCGUUGUCUUCUUUCACGGAGUCAGCCUGGCACCCAUCAGCAUGCUGGAGCUGGGCAUGUGUAUUCGAUCCGGAAAGGCCAUUGUAUGCGCCAUGCCAGAUUACCCUAAGAGAGGCAACGUGGAGGCUGUCUGCCGGCGAUAUGAAGCCAGGUUUGUGAGCUCUGAACAGGAUCUGGAGGAUGCUGUGACGGAGAGGCUGAAGUCAAUGAUUGCGGCGCGCUUUGGCUGA